AUGUACUGCGGCCCUGGACAUCACAGUGUUCUGUUUCACAACGUUCGGGCGGCGGCCAGCUUUUGGACAGAGGUAUUUGGAGAGCAAUUACACAUAGAUUUACAGAUUUUUACUUCAGGAAGAGGCAUUAUUGAUAUCCACGAUCUGGUCGAGAUAACUUGUGGCCUUAUCAAGAGAGGGGGUAGCGAUCCUUCUUCCACAAGACAUGCCCACCGCGUAAAUAAGCUCAAAAAGAUGGCAGAUAGACACGUUAAAGAAUAUUGUUAUUCCCCGGUAAAGCUGGCUCGGCGUCCUAACAGUCCCUUUGAAUAUGAAACCCUGCCACCGGUUACAUCUAGUUACCGAAGAUCUCCAAGGUCUCCCCUGAAUCUCGCUCUCAUUGACCCAGGGCAGUAUCCGAGCCUUGGAAAUGCACAGGCCAGAAUUAUUGACGGCGAUGAUGCACUACUACAAUUCCCUGGAGUGUUGUUACAUUUCCUCUCCGAUCCGUCCGUACCGUUAUUUUCCUGUGUCCUGGUAGAUCAUCACACAAGCGGCCAUGCAUCACUGACAUUGGACGAUCGGCCCGGAAAACUUCCUGGCACUGAAAAUGAGAUUCCCAUUGAAUUGAGCGGGCGCUUACUUGGCUUCGAAGAAUUUUCCCUGUUUCAUAAUGGCGAAUUCGGUUGCGUCGCAGCAGCAAGAGCAGGAAUACCUAUUCGGACUUCUCCUUCAAACUGCUCAUAUGAUACAAACUACGGGACUUUGUCAAGUUUACGAUCAUGGUCAGAGCUUAAAGUGUCAGCUGUUCAAAGCUUCGAUGAUGAGAUCCGAUAUAUAUGGAACCGGUACAUGGGAGAUGCUAUGAUGGUUCUCAACAUUCUACGCAAGAAUUUCGAGCUAGUCACCGUCUUUGGGCCAAUAAUAUGCGUGUGGUCGACUCAAAUGAUUAUGCAACUACGGCUUUACGUUAUGUAUAACAACUCCAGGAAGCUACUCGCGUUUACUCUCACCCUCCUCUUGGCAGAGAUGGCAGGGAUGCUGGUGGCGGUAUUUGUGUGGUUGCGUAGUAUUGCUUACACGAACCGUCCUCUCGCCCCUUUCAUCAGCUCAUGGCACAUGUGCGCCUUCACCAGCUCUGGGAGAGUGUUAACAGCAGUAUAUGUUCCCAUUUUCUCCUAUGAACUCAUGAUGUUUUCCUUGGCGCUGUUUUCGGUCUUUAAGAGGUUAAGAGUAGACGUAGAAAGGUGGAAAAUAAAUCCUCUGCAAGCAACAGUGAGGAUGUUGCUCAGAGACAGCAUUAUAUACUUUUUGGCAUGUUUUACUGCCUGUGCAGUGGCAACCGGCAUGUAUCUCAGCCUGUCCACCUGCACGUUUGGUGUCCAGUACGAAUCCCGUCAACAGGGGCUCGGCGUCAACAUCUAUGGUACCAGCGUCCGCCGAAGGAGAGAUCGAAUUAACACAUUUAGGUUGAUAAUUCGUAUAACGACAUGGACGGAAGGACACAGUGAUGCUACGAACCUGGUGACAGUCCUUGAGAGGCAGUUCCAUCUGGGCCCAAAGAGCGUGCGAGAUGAAGACGCCCAGACGAACCGUGCCUCCAAUCGGAAGAUUGGAGCGAGCGGUUCCGACGGGUCAGGCAUGCCCGCGUUUCGACGUGAGGAAUUCAGUGAUCUUGAUGGUGAGAAGCGGUGGAUACGUCCUGUGAGAGGCGUGGCUAAGCGCAAAGAGGCCAUGCGAGCUGAACAUGUUCAGCCUCUUUCGGCCAAGGUUGCACGCGUAAGGGCCUUGAUUAUGGAUACUGCCCGGGCAGCGGCAGCCACGUACUGUCACGGAGUAUUAUAA